AUGCCGGAUAUCCCAAGCUCUUCUGCCGAGGUCUUCCAUGAUUUCAUCUUCUUUCAGGUAGAAGAUUAUGUCGUUGCAUCGGUUGCUACAUUGGUCGUUUACGAUUACGUCCUCUGUCUCAGCCAAGAGGUUGACCUAAUCUGGAAACAUAAGCUUUCUUGGGUGACUUGGUGCUACGCCUGUGUCAGUUACACAAUCACCCGAAACGGUGCAAGUUUACGAAUAUUUCCCAUCGAAGUAUUUGACGGAUCGGGUUCUAUGCUCUGGGGAAUGUUAGAGAUGGGCUGGAUAAAUAUUUUGGAGGCAGCUUUGCAAGUAAAAGAGGUCGUUCUCAUGGGCAUUCCGUAUUGUAAAACCUUUGGUCCGACUUCGCCUCCGGGUUGGCUAGACCAGGUUGCUUCAGGAAUUGUCGUGGGGUUUGAAAUAAUUCUGUUCAUUAUGUUGGCAUACCGCUCUAUUUGGCAUUUUUUGGAGCAGAGAUCGAACGAUUCUACUUCCCAAUUCAACAGCAUUGCACAACAUCUCUUUCAGCAAGGUCUCCUGUACAUUGCGUGGUGGGUCCUCUAG